GUUUUUCACUUGUCUGUUUUAUGCAAAAUAUGUUGAUCACAACAAAAAUAAAGAUUGGGAAAUAUUUCGUUAAAUGCAACAUAAUGACGGAUCAAGUGCGCGCGAAUUUAGUAAAUUUACCUAAAAAAUUUGAAUUCCUCACAGCACCGAUAUCAAGGGGCUCACUGCGUGGUUUAAAGCGAUGCUCAGGCUGUGGUCAGUUGAAUGGUGUACGCAGUUCUGUAUGUCGUAAUGAAUUUUGUAAAUUAAGAAAAGAUGCGCUUCGUACGCAUAUACCAUUAGAUCCCGUGCAGCUGGAAUGUCUGGAUAAGCAAAAAUCACUAUAUUCCCUACGUAAAAAGGAACAAAAUGCUCAACCUCGCAACUUUGUGUUAAUUACAGCGCGAAGCAAAAGUGAUACGUCAAUAUUUGAGUGCUACAACUGCAGCCCGGGUGUACCAAGUACUGCAGAUCUUUGCAAGCAUAUUUUAGCUUGUACAACCAAUUCAGAUUCGCUACAGAAAGCCGAAGUCUUCACAAUUUCCCGUGAUGUAUUGUGGAAUUUGAAUGGCUUAGAUAACGAGCAUAAGGAACGCCUUUGGAAUAUUUACCAAAUCGAAGAAAGUAAUGUGCCUGCCGUGCAACGCAUAUCGAAUUCCUUAUUUGUGGUAAAAUGUGAUUUGUCGAAGGUAUUUCCUGCUGGACGGCUACAUGUCACAGCUGUCAGUAAUGGCAGUUCUACAAAGAAAGGCAUAUAUUCCUGCUCGUGUAAAAAAUUGAAAAUAAUUGUGGAACCUGAUAAUUCUGUGGUCAUGCAAGAAGAGGUGUGUGAUCACAUUUUACUAGUUUUGGCGGCUGUUUUAAGUAACCGCAAAGGUAAAACGAUAUUUGGAAAUUUCGCUAGCGCAUUGAAAUCAUAUUGGAUGCCCACCUAUAUUGAGACGCCAAUUGUAGAUUCAACGCAGGAGGACGCACUCUUUGGUUUGAGCAUAGAUAUUGGUGGAAACUUCGACCUGAGCGGUGGUACUAGUCAAGCAAACGAUGAUAUUUUCAUUUAUAACAAUGAUUUCAUGUCUGACGGGAAUAUACCUGACUUCGAAGACAUUAUACUGAGCAAUUCGACAAAUCCUAUAGCGCAAUUACAUAACCAGACUAUAAUGGAUAAUUCCAUUGGAACAAAUUCAAAUACAAAUCACAACGAUAUGUUACAUCCCGGUGAUCCGAAUUUAGGUUUAAACUUUGCAAUUACUGCCGAGGACAUUGAAGAUAUAAAAUUUCAUGACGCACCCUUCAUCAAUGGCGUAAAAGCUUUAUCGUCCUCAACACUGCCCAAUAAUGUGACAACUGCACAUUUGGAGCUAAGUGAUUGCAAAAUCGAGUUAAUGGACCAAUUUGAGCUGACCGAUCAGAUAGAUCUGUCCACAACUGAUGACAUCACGUUACAGCAGGAGCAUACAUGGCUGGGAAACGGUAUAAGCAUAUUGGAAGCGCCUAUAUUAAAUAAUACAACGCCAAACGAUAGUUGCACAAAUGAGACGACCAAUGUGGACACCUCGCAUCUAACACAUGCUACAACCAUUUUCAAUAAUAACUCUUUAUUGAAGUCCAAUCAUGUGGUUGAGGCACCACCUAUCGAGUUACCCACCAUUGCGGUGGUCAAAAAAUGUCCAGUUAAAGCGUCAGAGUUGGCGCAUAGUGUAAAUACGCGUAAAUUUCCACCAUUACCCGGAAAGCGGUCGGUAAUCGUUAAUGGUGUAAACACUUUGGAGCAGCAUCAAACAAAUGAGGAAAGCGUCGCAUCACAUAGCGAAGAACCAUCGCUAGCCUUCUCAUCGUGGUUGGAUUAUGUCAUUGAAGUAAUCAAUGAGAGUGUUGGUAUUGUAGAAGAAAGAAGUGUGGAGCAUACAUUCCAUGUACACGAGGAAAUAUUUGCGCAUUUUAGCAAAACCUUCAGCACCGGCGUUAAGCUCCGUAUGCCCAGCAGCACAACGGUUGUAAAAACGGGCAAAUACAAAGGGCUUAUAAAGUAUGUUUGGUACUUUACAAAUGCAUCAACGCUGCGUCGCAUUUUCAGCACCAAAAAUAUUUCGCUGGAAACCGAACGCGUGUUUGAAUAUAAUACCGAUGGUGAAUUUGUGCCAUAUGUAACACCAGCCAUUGUGCCCGCCACCAAUGGCAAAUACAAGCGUGUUUAUCCCAAAUUGUCACUAUAUAAGACACAUAUUUGGUUUGAAUGUGGUAGUAGUGAACAUAAAAAUAGUUUCAAGCUUGAGUGGCUGCCCAGUGCCUUUCCAAAAAGUCACCAUGGCAUAUUGAAAUUGGAAUUCACAGUUGGUGUGCAGGAUCCAGAGGAAAUGCAGCGAGCUAUUAUUGGCAAAUAAGUGCUGUUACAUUGUUAAAGUAUUAUAGAAAUAUGUGCGCAUUUUAAGCCUAUGGAACACGUGAUACUCAUACUUGUAUAUAUGUAUAUAAAUAUGCUAAACUUUGUUGAGAUUACUAAAAUAAUAGUUUUUGUUUAAAGCGCGUUAUUCAUUAAUAUUAGUAACUUAAUUUCGUUGCUAACUCUAAUUAGCAAUUUUUAUUUUAAAUUGUACUAAGCAAAUUGGACUAUUAAAGCAUAUGUUAAUUUAU